CUCAAAUAGAAAGGAGGCUAUUUGAGAACCGAAUGGCCUGGAUGGAUCUUUUCAAUCCAUCGUUUCCUGGUGACACMUGCCAUCUGAAGAAGAACAGUAGAAGAGUUCUCGAUGAUUCUUGCCGUUWUUGCGGGCAUGGUGGAACCUCGAAGWUCGGCUCACAAAAUUUGUCGUUACGAAGUGUUAUCAGUACAGUAUCGACCCGAUUGCAUUGUUACCAUGACGAAGCUUUCCGUAUUUGUAUGCUUUGCGUUCCUGGUCGUCGCUGCCACCGGACAGGUCCUCGAUAACCGGGACACCUGCGCCCACCGUGUCGUAAACUGCGAUCCAGACGUAGAUCAUUUCGAGACGAAAAUCUCGAUGGAUCAUGCUUCUUCCGUGGAAAGCCUUGAGUACGAGAAUACSCACAUCCUAUUGAAACAGACGUGGCCCACCCGGGGUCCGUGGAUGAAAAACACAACGCAGGUAUGUAGCUGUCAGCAUAGYAUUUUAUGGGUUUCUGUUGUUGCUGAAAGCUGUCCCCAUUGCACUGCAUCUCAUUCCAUUCACUUUUCAACACACACUUCAUUGAAWCGCACUUCUUCCAGAAAGUAGUGUUUGUUCGUUGUGGUUGCCCAGUCCCUUCUCUCUCUGCAGACUGGGAUGACGCAAAUGUGAUCCAUAUCCCAGUAAACUCCGUCAUGGUACAGAUGCCAAACACGCUGAGCAAGAUCUAUAUGAUGGGACAGCGCUCCAAGGUUACGGCGAUUGAGUCCAACCGCUACAUUAGUGAUGCAACGCCCGAAAUCGCUAGCGACAUUCGGGAUGGUAUUAUCAGUCGAUUAGAUCUCUCCUCGAAUGGAGUUCCAAGCACCAGGAUUACGCUCUCUUUUACCGACGGCUCGUUUUCCGACGAAUCCGCUGGAUUUCGGUUGCAACUGAUCAACGACGACACCUCGGCGGUCAUGGGAGAAACCGACUGCAUCUAUCCUGCCUCUGGAGACGACCUCGAGCCACUGGAMAGUGUGUUAGACAGUGGCUUCAACUCAAUCCCCGGAUGGGUGAGUGCUGGCAAUGUUUGGGUGCUUAAGACUGGAGAAGCAUCGGUCGAACCCAGCACCAGUCUUUCCUACACUCUCUAUUUUGACAACCAGCUCCCUAUGGACCACUCCCUUCGAGGAGAAGCAACCACUUGUGGUGGCGAUGUUGAGUUCAAGAUAGAACGGGACUCUGCACCAAGCAACCGUCCCAUCUACCACCGCCUCCACGACCUACCGGGUGGAUUCCCAGACGUACUGAUCACCGAACCAAGGUAAGAAAGUCCUCCUCCCAAUUUUUACAAUUCUUCACCGAGAAACUUGURAUGCUAAAUCAUUCUAUUUCUGCUUACGUUAGGUCUUUGGGCCCCCUAGCCGAUGAUCCAAAGGUUCUCGCCAGACAAUUUAUCGACUCCGAUCCGGGUGAAUUAACCCCUUUGGGUCGUGCCGAGCUUAUGAAGUUGAUGGCACUCAUCGUUGGUUCGGUGGAAACCGGCAAUACCCUGUUUGAGUCGAUCGAAGCGCGAUACAAUGAUGCCAAGGCCAUCGCUUCGAAGGCACGCAAACGGCCAACCGUAAUGGUGGGCAAACCUGGUACCUGGAACGAAGCGGCACGAAACAGCUGGAUGAUCACCGUCGGGUCGACCUACGUCGGACAGUUCUUGAGAGACGCAAACGUAGAGUACCGCAAUUCGGACGAUGCGGUAAACCAGGAAGUUUGCGGCACCGGAUGUGGAGCGUGUCCUUCUGGCACCAGCGACACCAGGUGCAGUGUUCCUAUCGGUGAUUUCCURGACUUGUUCCGAUCGAGCGACUAUUGGAUCAGUGCGGGCAUCGGCGCCAAUUGCUGGUCGGCCUCUUGCAACUUUGAAAUCACUGCCGAYGAGUUGCUUGACCAAAACCGGGAAGUCUUUUCGCAGUUCUUGCCCAUGCAGUGUGGUUCCGUGAUCGGUCUUGACAAGUCCCACAGCAGCAGUGGAAACAAGUACUGGGAACUCGGACGCGUCCGCCCCGAUUUGGUUCUGAUGGACCUGGUGACCCUCAUGCAUCCCGAYCUCGAGGUUGAGGAGGAGACGACAUUCUUCCGAAUGCUCCCACCCCCGUCUAACACCACGGGAUUGCCAUCGUGUCCAAGGACUAUCCUUCCAGCGUUUCCAAAAGAARCGAGAACGGURUUUAUCACUUCCUCCUAUGCGGUAGACACGUCGGAUGUAUCCGAUGUCAUUGGACCCUCCCACUUUGCAGUUCUCGAGCGUUUCCCCGAUGCCAACGCAGAACUUGCCAAAGCUCUCGGUGUGGAUCCUGCAGACCUGGAACUGGCCAUGAGGAACGACMAUGUUGRUGCUUCUGGCUUCAAUAUGGAUGUCACSGUUCGCAUUCCAGUCUGCCGAACCCAUUCUUGCGGAAUUGAACUCGGACGGAAAAUGGAGGCGCUUGGACCUGAGAUUGGAAAGGCCCUCGGUUUAGAUUGGCUUUCUGUGGAACGAGACACCUCCAAGUCCGCUGUCAUGCUUGACCGUUCAGGUGACAUUAUCCCACUGGCAGAUCUUGACCCCGAUGGGAACUCUCCUUUGCCUACAACUGUCAGCAAUGCCAAGGCCAACGGCGACGAUUGUAGCGGCGAUACCCUCGAUUCCAGUGUCAUUGCCGGAAUCGUCGUGGGGUGUUUGGCGGCGGUUCUUAUCGCUGUUCUCACCACCAGCAAAGUUGCCUUUGCACGCGGAGCACAGGCCACUCUCGCAUCUUACGAAAACGAGAAGCCGACCGGCAAGGGCRGAGGUCCAGAAUUGGCGCUUGACGAGGAAGGAGCCAUGGAGAACAGGGAAACCUUUUCGUAAGUCCUCCUCCCAAGAGUAUAUGGUGGUGGUGAUACUACCRGUAAUACUACACAGCAYGGCUAGAAUCAGCAAGAAUGGUAGCUUCUUGAAAACUUGUGUGCUYGGCAUGUUAAGAAUCUAACAGACACAAGAUAURUUWGGACUGGAAGAAGCACAAAUAUUAAUACUAGUAGUACUAGUAGUWGUAGAACGAGGUAUGACAAACAAGAACAACAAUAGUAACAAUAAUACUAGUACUAGCUAGUAUUGCGAGUACGAAGUACUUUUUGCAGUAUUACUGRUAGGAGUACUAGUAGAAAAAAUUAAAGAAUCAUUCUCUACUAGUAGUAGUACAAGGUACUUACUUCGUCAGUACGAAGUACAGUAUACCUCACUUUGGUGGGAAUUCGUUUUGCACAUGGAAUUGYCCCGAACCGGGCAAGAGGGAAAGACCCUAUUACUAUUGCCCCAAACCCCUAAUGAUACCCGCCAAUGACCGAUUGAAAACGGGACUUCGUGGAAGAAAUGUUAAUYUACCUCUCCUAAUAGCAUGUCAUUCAGUCAUUUUGGUUUUCUCAAUUUCAUGCCCGGAAUAAAGGCUUAAAAGUUGCAGAGAAACAUUGAAGAGUCGAGUUCUCGGGUUGAUUAAAAUUACAGCAUUGAAUAAUUCCGUACACUCGUAGUUUUCCUGACUAUUYCUUCCGUCAACGAUUUAUUGGAGGCGUGAGGAAAUCGAGAAGCACACAAAAAUUAACCACGCGCACCGUUAGAGCACGAGUGUCCAACCKAAUUCAUACUUAUCGCAAGGCUCCAGACGAUAACAUCAGCAAAGUCCGAGAUAAMAUGGUGACCCCCGAAAAAAUCCAGCUCUUUAACGAGAAGCGAUUCCGCGAAACGCAUUUGCGCCGGUCGGUGGUAGCGAUCGACGACACGGAUUUCCUUAUGCAAAUGCGAACAGCUCGUCGUCAGUCGAUCGCCUCGAUGCAGAACGACGAUAACGCAUUAUUCCAGUGGAAAGGUAGAGUCUGGAACAAUAUCACUGAAUCUAUCUCGCCUGCCGGAGYCAGUAGGAAUGACAAUAAUGACCUAGCUUCGAUCAAAGACAGAACGGCAAGCACAUCAAUAUCGGAAUGCGACGACGACGACGAVGAAGGCGGCGAUAGAAUUGUUGCAGAUACCUUUCUCAAGAGUUCCGUUGCAUCACUGCGAGGUUCCGAGACAGCAACCGAAGCCACUGCGGACGAGUCGUUAUCAUCGUCGUCCUUGUCCUCAUCGUUGCACCUGGAUGCGAAGAACACCACCCGGGAUUCCUCUUCGUUGCGUGGAUCGGCUUCCGAACUACAAAGACCGGCAUGGUACACCCGGCUCGCAGCAAUUUCGAAAUGGGAACGAACCCAAGAGAAAGCCUAUCAUGAUACGCUGGACGAGCGCCACGAGGCAAAUCACAGCAAACACAAGCAGAACCACAAACCACACUUUUGGCAAUGGCAACGACAGAAAGACGGCCUAGACUUUUCACGGGAUGUCGUUCUAGCAGCGGGUCGACAAGAGUCCAUUUAUGCCUUUGCCGAUUCCCUGACUGACCUUCCCUCUGCAKACGGAAACGAGAAUGGUGGCGAUGGCAACCAUGGGGAWAAUGAUAUCUCCAGAAACGGAAACAUGGCGAAGACAAAGAAAUGCGUCUUGGACCUAAUCAUGUAAGAGAAUCUCAAUCAUUGGAAUCGAUUAAAAACCAUUGAUUCCUGUUGCAACCUUUCCAAUCCGAUCCGAUCCAAUCUAAUCGAUUCGCAGCGUAAAACAAAAACAAUACCCCGAAGCGCGAUGGUUUCUCUAUAGGGCAUUAUCAAAAUGGUGCGAGCUUUCCUACCAGAUUAGAGACGAAAGCAAAGCUUGUACCAUAGAUUGUGGUGUCUUGCAAAUCAUWUACACACAAAACACGUACAUAAAGACAUUACAUACAC